UCCUCUUCUCACUUCCCCCUUCAUUACCUCCACCUCAUUCUUUCUUCAUUCAACAUCCCAAUGGCCCAGUCCAAGCUCUUUGACCUAAAGUACCAGCUUCUGCAGUAUGGUUCGCAUCACCACAACCCCUGGAACGUCGGAAUCCAUCUGACAUGCAUUCCCCUGAUUCUCUGGUCCGGCUUGGUAUUCGGUGCAAAGUCCGGUCCACUGAUUGCUGCACCUGCGGCCUCGGCUGUGGCCUCGGGUGCACCUGCCGCGGUUGCGUUGUCGAAGAUUUACCAGUUCUGCCCACCGAAUGCCUCGCUCCUGCUCAUGGUGGCCUACACGUCGUAUUACAUCAAGCUUGACAAAGUUGCCGGGCUCUUGACUGCCCCAUUGUUCCUCGGGCUCGCCCGCUAUGCCACGAAAUUCCAACUGACGAACCCGAACGCGGACAAGAUUGCCCUUGGAGUCCAUAUCGCUGCCUGGAUUGCACAGUUUAUCGGACAUGGCGUCUACGAGAAGCGCGCACCUAAGCUGCUUGACAACCUGCUUCAGGCAUUGGUGCUGGCUCCUUACUUUGUAGUGUACGAGGUGCUGUUCUACUUUGGAUACCGCCCUCAGUUGAAGCAGGAACUCGAUGUGCUGAUCAAGGCUGACGUUGCGCAGUUCAGGGCCAAGAAGGCCGCGGAGAAGCUCAAGAAGCACUAAACUAGCGCAGUUUGACUCAGGUCCGACUCGACUCGACUCGAUUCGACUUAGCGCAGAGCAGAACAGUGCGCUACAUGUACUUUACGGAACAUAGUAGCCUCAUCAAUAUGGAUAUGAUAAUUGACACGGAACACGGACACAACGGAGGACCCAACCCUUUGAUAUAUACAUGACAAGCAAGAAAGGGUUUCUGCGGCAGCGCACCUGAACAGUUACCUUGGUAGUCUUUGUUCUCAAUCUAACACAUAAUAAAAAUUGCUGGGUAUUGGAUUUUUUGGGAAUCUGGG